ACUAUGUCAGUCGUAAGCUGGACCAAGUUGACCUUGAACGAAUUGAAAGAUUUGUGUACGUCCUGUGGGCUGUCUACGGGUGGAAACAAGGAAGAGUUGAGUGAGAGGCUGCAUGUGUUUUUUGAGAAAAGAAUGGGAAAGUUACCGAACACUUCCCUUGGAAGAAGCAAUGACGUGAUGAGAAAUGAACGAGAUGGUGGUAUCAUUACAGAAGAGAGGGAUACUGACCUAGCAGGUGAUGAUUUGGAUGCUACAUCUCAAGAAGCAGAUAAUGCUUUUAGAGAUGUUCUGGCCGCACAUUUUCAGAAAAAGGAAAAAAUUGAGUUUGUUCUGGUUGACAUCUUUCUAUCGGCCUUGGGGAGUAUUGAAAAGAAGAUGGACAAGAGUUUUUCUGCCUUGCAUCAGGAGAUUGAAGAGGGUGAUUUAUUGGAUGAAAAAUGGCCUAAAGUUAGUUUAAAGGAAUUUGCAGGAGUUCGGGAUGAUGUAGAAACACGUGCAGUAAUGCUAAGAUUAGCUAAUAAUAGGGGUUGGAGUGCUGCACUACAAAUAGUUGGGAAUAACGAUAAGAUGAUGGAGAAAUAUAAAGAACGUAUUCCCCUUGUUGCAUCAACUCUGAGAAAGGAGAGUCUUUUAAGAGGUAUAAAAGAAAGGACAAAGGGUUUUAUUCCUUUCGUGGCAAAGAAGGAUAUAGCUUUGCAGGUCGUCAGGGGGCAAUUACCUGCUUCAACUGUGGAGGUGUUGGCCACAUUGUCACAAGCUGCCCAUCCUCAGGUUCAAGAGCCUCUUCAAAGCCCAAAAAUGAAGUUUGACCACACUCGGGCCUUGAUUUUAGAAGAACCUAUAAUCAAUGUGAACAGAGCACGGGCCUUGAAAAGAGGUGCUGUUUCAAAUAACUGGAACCAGCGUUUAGAUAAGACAUGGGAAUUGUUUAAAAACUAUUGUAAGAUCAUGAGUUUAAUACCUUUACCUUCUGAGGUAGAUAAUCUUGCUUCGUUCAUUGUCUGGCUUGAUCUUACCCAUUCGUUUGCAGUUUGUGCUGAUGUAUUAACAGCAGUGUCCAGAAGUCACUUAGAAGCUUAG